AUGCUUUUAUUGAUUUUAUUAGGUCUCACCGAAGCAUUGGUCUGUCCAACUAUUCAAUGUAAAGAUUUAAAGGACGGCGUCUGUGCUGAAAUCAACGGAAAUGAUAUAUUUAUAGGCGGCUGCAGCAAUGAAACUAUGAAAUGCAAUUUGGCUGACAUCAUGCCAGCUUAUAAAGCCCAGCAAAGAUAUGUGAAUUGCACAAUUAGAACGAGAGAGAUGUAUCAGAUAUCAGAGCAAAGAAAAGGCCAGCUUAAUUCUUCUUUAUGCCAUCGCAGAAAUGGAGAUUUAGAGUCUUCCACUUUUGGGUGGAGAUGUGACACAGAUGAUGACUGCAAAAUUAAGGGGUCUGCAAAAAAGUGGUAUUGUGAAUGUGCUUUUGAUGGGUAUAGCUAUUGUUUACCUGCUCCAAAUGAUCAAAUAAUGCGUGAUAUGUUUGAUUCUAUAUGUGAUGGAAAAAUAGAUGAUUUUCUUAAAUCAAGUUUAACUGUGAAUUUAUUCCCUUAUACUCAAAAUCUCCCUGGAUGUGUGGAUGAUAAGUUUUCGGAUUAUCAACUUUUGAUGCACCUGCAAGACGGAACAAUGCAAAACUUAUACCAAUUUUUCGAUGAUAGUUUUGCGACCUUUAUAAAGAUCGCUGGGGUUAUAUCGAUUUGUUUAGCUAUUUUAUAA